AUGCCGCCGGCGGCCAGUGUAGUAGCGCAUGGAGAUCGGGUACCGGUAAAGGUUAUGCCCGCGAUGGUGCAGCAGCCUCAGCCGCCGCCGGGCGUGGUGAUGACGACGGCGCCGGAGGCUUUCGCAAAGGACGCUAUCAUUGCAUGGUUCCGAGGUGAGUUUGCGGCUGCUAACGCUAUCAUUGAUGCGCUGUGCAAACACCUGAGGCAACUUGAAGGUGGUGUACCGGCAGAGUAUGAGUCUUUGUUCGGUGCUAUUCACUGCAGGAGGCUGAACUGGAUCCCGAUCCUCCAGAUGCAGCAAUACUAUUCGAUUGCUGAUGUCACAAAGGAACUUCAGAAAGUGGAAGCCAAAAAGAGUGAAGAAAGGCAGGUGGACGAAAAGAAAAUUGAAGAGGUGAACGGUACGUUUUCCGAGAAAUCUCUAGAAAGUUCCGUGGAGGAAUUAGAGGAGGGUAAUGAAAAUGGUGGAGUAGAACCCGCGGUUGAAGAUUUUACACAGGAUGAUUCACGUGAAAGUGAGAUUACGGAUACAGGAUCUCAAGAAGUGCAGCCAUUUCUUGAACAUGUCGAUAUAUGUUCUAACCAUGAAGAGUGUGAGGUGCGUCAUGAACAGAUCAAGAUGACAAAAGGGUUCUUAGCGAAGGAACCCGUGAAAGGCCAUAUGGUUAAUGUUGUUAGAGGUCUCAAGUUGUAUGAAGACAUAUUCACUGAUGUCGAACUCUCUAAAUUGAAUGACUUUGUGAAUGAGCUCCGAGUUGCUGGCCAGAACGGUGAACUCUCAGGCGAGACCUUUAUUCUAUACAACCAGCAAGUGAAAGGAAAGAAGAGAGAAUUAAUUCAGCUUGGAAUUCCCAUUUUCGGACAGAUAAAAGACGAUGCAAAAGGCAACAUUGAGCCAAUUCCAGCACUUCUACAAGGGGUUAUUAACCACUUGAUCCAGUGGCAUUUGAUUUCAGAAAAUCGCAAACCAAAUAGCUGCAUCAUUAACUUCUUCGAUGAGGGGGAAUAUUCUCAGCCUUUUCUAAAACCACCUCAUUUGGACCAGCCCGUUUCGACCCUCAUUCUCUCCGAGUCAGCAAUGGCGUUUGGUCGAACAAUUGUCAGUGAUAAUGAAGGAAAUUAUAAAGGACCACUCAUGCUCUCUCUCAAGGAAGGGUCACUUUUGGUCAUGAGGGGAAAUAGUUCUGAUACAGCAAGACAUGUUAUGAGCUCCUCACCGAACAAGAGGGUGACCAUCACAUUCUUUAGAGUCCGGAUGGAGACACAAAACACCGAGGUAACCCCUUCCACAGGAGCAAUGACCUUAUGGCAAUCCGAUGUCCAAACUCCAUACGCAGUCUCAAAUGGAACAAUUAGUCCCUACAAGGCAAUGGAUAUGAUCCCAAAAUGGGACAUCCUUGGGGCUCCUAUGGUUAUGUUGUCUCCCAUGCGUCCAAUGAUUUUGAGUCCUCGAAGAAUUCCACAAGGUGGUACCGGCGUUUUCUUGCCCUGGACCGUUGGAUCAAGGAAACCAGCAAAACAUCUUCCACCGCGUGCUCAGAAAGGACGAUGUCUUGCACUACCGUCCCGUGUUGAAAUGCAAAAAACUCAGAGGACUUCUGAUCCGGGCAGCAACCAUGAAGGGAAAUCUCUAAAAGGGAUGAGCAUUCUCAGCCUACAGGCAUUUGUCAAAGAUAACAGAAAAAGUUCCAUUAGGCCAUCAAGGGCUGAUGGAUCUUCUGCUGCCUCUGAAAUUUUAGUUGAGUUCAGACACAUUGGUGGACAGGAGAAUUGGGAGACCCGAGUUGACGAUUAUGGUUCUUCAAUUCACGUUCCAAAGAAAGAUGCGUCAAGCUUAAUGGAUGAGCAACGGAAAGGCAACUCUGCCAGCUUUCGAGCCGUGGAGAAAUUUGAUGAGAAAACUCGAGAUAAUGGCCUCCAGGAGCAGGGACGGAGCCAGGAGCGUAGUCCAGUGUCCCACGAGAGAGAGGCUGUUGGCACAAAAGGGCAGAAAAAUGGUUUUAGGAGCAAAGAUAGUACUAAUCCUUUAGUUGAAGGAACAAAGUUAAACCCACAGACAGUCAAUACCUGUUGGAGAGUAAGGCAAGGUUUAACCCCACAUUUGGUUGGGGAAAACAGCAUAUAUAUAAAAGAUUCCGUACAACACUUACAUAGUGAGCGAGAGAGAAGAGCGUGUCUUUUUCCGACGCUGACAGCCCCUUUUCAAUUCAUAACGCUUUUGGGCUCCGGAAUGGGUGCUAAUGGUAAUGUUCGUGGGAAUGGUGAAGGAUCAUCGAAUGUUUCGGCCACUGAGAAAAGAAGUAGGAAUAAGAGGAAAUUCUUGUCCGAUUUGGCACUAGACAAUCCGAUUGAUGUAUCAACCUUUUCUCUGACAGAAUUCCCAAGAUAUGAGUUGUUGGAGGAAAAAUUUCGGAAUGCUUUGAGUGGGUUGGGGUCACUUGUUUCAAGGUCGGAAAAGAUUGUUGAGGAACUGGAAGUGGAAGAAUUCCAACCCUCUGAUUGGGAUGAUCCUUAUACAUGUCAGCUCGAGAAACUUUUAACUAGUAAUUUACUUGCGACUUUCCACAGUGCUGUGAAGAAGAUUGUUGAAUGUGGAUACAAUGAGGAAACUGCCGAGCGGGUCAUUUUAAACUGGGGUAUAUACCAUGGUCAUAAAGAUGCAGUGUCAAAUGUUGUGGAUGGUGUUUUGGCUUUAUUGAAGAGGGAAAAGGAGUUCAAUUUUCCGAGGCUUCCUGUAUUUCAGGAUUUACAGAGUUUGGCAGAGUACACAAUGCUGGAAAUGAUACAUGUUAUUCUGGAGGUUAAGCCAUCUUUGACUAUUAUUGAAGCAAUGUGGCAUCUUUUACUAUGUGAUUUGAACCUCUUAAAUGCAUGCGCAGUGGAGCAAGAUUCUUUGGGUUGUAUUGGUGGUAUUUGUGGGCCAGAAGUUCUUGGAGGAAACUCUGAAUCAUCAUUUCCCGAAUCUAAACCCGACCUGUCAGACACCAACCAUUCAAAUACUAACAAAGCGCAUAAUCUGAAACAGCCAAUCCAAAGUUCUCAGCCCAAAAGCCUUACUGCUGGAGCUGUCUCUCGGUUACCAAACUCCAAAAUUUCCCUUCCUAGUGAAGUGGCCAAACCUAAGAAAGGAAGUUCGUCUUCUUUUCAAGAUGCUAGGGGAAAGUUCUCAGGCAUCACUAGGGAGCAUAGUCAGACUUCAUCCCAAGCAACAGUUUUGGAUGAAAAAUCAGGGGGCAGUAGAAAAGGGUCAUCAAGUAAUUCCAAGAGAGACAUGCUUCGACAGAAGGCAUUUAACUUCGAGAAAAGUUACAAGGGUUGUGUGUCUAAGGGAGCUUUCAAAGCAAAGGUUGCUGCCUGGGGCAACAUGGUAUUGGACAAGACUUUGAAAUCACAAUCUGAUUCCUCUAGUAUCGCAAUGAAGAGUCAUCCUCCUUCAAGCAAUUUAGUAUCAAGUGUACCUUCAAACAUCUUGCCUGUUAAAGAUACAAGCACCUUGCCUAUUAAAGAUACAAGGAUCUUGCCUCAUAAAGAUACUGAUCACGCGUUACCUGCAUUGGACACUAAAUCUCCUGCAUCGUCAGAAUCCGAACUUUCUUCUAACACCAAAAUUGACAAAUCUGGUCUUUCUAGUGCUACUGAUUACUAUGCUGCAAUCCCAUAUGAUGAAUCUCUCCAGAGUUACAUUCCUCGAGAUGACAAAGAGGAAACCCUACUGAUACUAGUGCCCCAUAAGCAAGCACUUGAGAAGGAGCUCCAAGGUUGGACAGAUUGGACCAAUGAGAAGGUUAUGCAGGCUGCUCGGAAGCUGAGAAAGGACCAAGGUGAGUUGAAAACUCUGAGGCAAGAGAAAGAAGAGACGGAAAAAUUUAAGAAGGAGAAGCAAAUUUUGGAGGAGAAUACCAUGAAGAGGCUUUCUGAAAUGGAGUAUGCAUUGUCUAAUGCCACUGGCCAGAUUGAGGUGGCUAACUCCACUGUUCACAGACUUGGAGAGGAGAAUUCAGCAUUGAGAAAAGCAAUGGAGGCUGCUAAACUGCAGGCUCUAGGGUCUGCUACUAAUUUGCAGGAAGCUAUGUUGAGGGAGCAAGAGGCUCUGAAGAAGUCCAAAUCCUGGGACAUGGAGAAGGGUUUGUUUCUCGAGCAACGGAUUAAACUAAAACACCGUGCUGCUGAGCUGCAGAAUCAGCUAGAAAAGACUAAAGAACGAAAGGACCAUUUCAAGAUUCUUUGGAGGCAAGAAGAACAAGAAAAAGGAAAAGCUGUAUUGCGCAUUGAUUCCUUCAAGAUGAAAAGAGAAGAAGAGGAUGCUUUAGCAAAGGCAGAGGAGGAUGACCUGAAACAAGUGGCGGAGCUUGAUGUCCAAAAGUGUAGAGACGGCAUAAAAAAGCUCGAGAAUAUGAUCUCUGAAUUGAGAUUUGAGUCUGAAGCUUCAAAAAUAGCUGCACUAAAAAGGGGAAUUGAUCCGGGUUAUGCCUCUACAUUUCGGGGAAGUCACGGUACAAGGUUCUACUCCUUUCAGGACAACUUGGGAGCUGGAACUGUCAAACCCGAAAGGGAAUGUGUUAUGUGUAUGACUGAGGAAAUUUCAGUGGUUUUCCUCCCAUGUGCACAUCAGCAGCGUCGCAGCUACUGCGAAUCACGCUGCUGCGCGUCGCAGCAGCGACUGCUGCGAUUCGCACUAGCAGCAGCAACAGAUGCUGCGAAUCGCGCUGCUGCGACGCGAUUCGCAGCAGCAGCAGCGCGAUGUAUAAAAUUCCAACCACCAGCAAAUCGCACGACCACCAGAUGUCUGGGCCUUGACUAG